AUGUUAGAACAUCAAAAUUUUCCAUCAAGAUUAACUAAUAUAGAUUUAUCCAACAAUAAGCUUGAAGAUUUAAGUUGUUUGAGACUAGAUAAUUGUGUUAAUUUGCAGAAUUUAACAUUGAAAGAAGUAACUUCAAAAGAUGAACCAGAAGGUGCCAAUCAAUUAAUGGAAUUAUUAUUAAACCUUAAUACUAAAGUUAAUGCAAUUUUAACAAAUUAUGAUUCAAAAGUAAUUUUUAAUAUUGUUGAUGGAGUUGAAGAAGAUUCAAUAUUAAAAGCUAAAUCUAAAAGAAGAAAAAUUUGUUAA